GCGGCGGCGGCUGCACAACACGCCCGCCCGGCUCAUGACGCGGCAGAGGCGGUGAGUCCAAGCGCGUGGUGUCGCCGGGGGAACCGGAGACUGACAAGCGGGCAGGGGAGGGUGGACUGACUCUCUCCCUGGCACAAACCCGUCCACUCACAGUCACAGCACAGACACAGAGCCACCGUCUCUGCCGUGAAUCAUUCAUUUGGCGGUAUAAAGCAUUGGUGUCGGGCGGCGGAUGGUGCUUGUAAAGCCUGUGAUGCUGAUGAUGAUGGACGGACAGCACAGCCGCUGUAAGGUCGUGGUGGUCGGGGACACGCAGUGUGGAAAGACGGCGCUGCUGCAUGUAUUCGCCAAGGACAACUACCCUGAGAAUUAUGUGCCUACGGUGUUUGAGAACUACACAGCGAGUUUUGAGAUCGACAAGCACCGCAUUGAGCUGAACAUGUGGGACACAUCAGGCUCCUCGUAUUAUGAUAACGUGCGGCCGCUGGCGUAUCCAGACUGCGAUGCUGUGCUCAUCUGUUUUGAUAUCAGCAGACCAGAGACGCUGGACAGCAUCACUAAGAAGGGGAGUCUCCGAGCACGAGAGUUGGGCGCAGUUGCUUAUGUGGAGUGUUCAUCCCGAAUGUGUGUAAACAGUGUACGGGACGUCUUUCACAUCACCACACUGGUGUCGGUAAGACGUGAACCUGCCCCAAGCCUGAAAAGGAGCACCUCGCGCCGCACUCUCAAACGCAUAUCCAAUCAGCCUUUGCUGCCAGUCACCUCACAAGCCACGCCCCUCGAAGCCACACCCACCCUCAGGGAGGACAGAGCCAAGAGCUGCACCAUCAUGUAGUAGACCAAUGCUCUACAUCAGUAUAAAACAGACAGAUUCUCCAAACAUACGAGACAUUGAGGCUCAUACUGAGGCCUACGGGACUGUACAGCUGUGUGAAUACAUUAUACAGAGGAGCUCUAUUUAUUAACUUCAAGUUUGCUUUUAUUUUUAUCAUUGUGGUAUGACUUAGCAGACCUAAGUGUGUAAAGCAGAUGCAAAGGAAUAAUAAUAAAACAAUGGUUUGGGAUUUAA